GUUGUCGAUCCCUCAGAACGGCGCGGGAAAUCGCUUCAUAACAUAGAUUUUUUUUCAAAAAAAAAAUUAAGAAAAUAGAUAAAUAUGGUUUGGCAUCCGGUGUUUGUUUUGUUAAAAUAAUGAUGCACCCAGCGGUCUGAAGUCUCUUUCUCUGUGUGUCCCUCGGACUGAGCUGCUCCCGCCUCCUCCUCCUCGCCCCGCGAGCCGGCCGGCACUAACGUUCCCAACGGCUCCGGGUUCGAAUCCGACUCCCAACCGCCGCCGCCAACCGCCCAGUUCCCGGAUGAGCUCCUUCAACCUCGACCGUUUCCGUUAUGAAAAGAAACGCGGCGAGCGGGACCUGGACCUGGACCUGGACCGGCGGCGUGGCUCCCCGCGGGAUCCCGGCUUCCCGGAGGUGGGAGGCCCGGCAGUGACCGUCGUACCAGAGACUCCAGAAGGAAAACAGUCGAACUUUUUAUCGUAUUUUAGGAGAAAAGAAAAGGGAGUCCUUUUUCUCGAUUCUGAAUCUGAAACUGAGGAAACAUGCAAGAAAAAUUUAUCAUGUCAGGCAGUGAAUGGAAGGCCAGAUGGAUGCAUUCAAAAAUUAAAUGACGCUGUUGACUUUUCAUCUGGUGAGGAUGAACAGCUUUCCCUUAAAGAAAAUGGGUCUUUUAUGGACAGCAGUGGCUCGUCUCAUUCUGUUAAUUUGGAGGAUUCUACUGCUUCCAAAGUACAAAAACUGACAGAAAUAUUUCCAAAUAGAACAGAUGCUGAACUAUUGCAGAUAAUUGAAUCGACAAGUACACUGGAUGGAGCAGUAGCUGCAGGAUUAAUCUUGUUUGGAGAAGGAGCUACUCCUCGGAAAAGGAAACUUGAAAUGUCCCAAAGCAGCAGCUCUGAAGAAAGUGAUGAUCUCCCUAUUUCCUCUACCAAAAAGAAGAAACCUAAUUGUCAUGCGUCACAAGAUUUAGGAGAAGAUUUUGAGAAAAAAGAAUCUAUUCUGAGAAAGCUUCACAAUAAAUUUCCAGAUUUAGACAAAGAGGAGCUCCGAGAAGUCCUGGAAGAACAUGACUGGUCCUUUUGGGAAGCCUUGGAAGCUUUGCAGGCAUUUACCAAUCAAGAUUUAGAAGAUGAAGUGCCUUGUAUACCAGAGCCUAAAUGCAUAAAUGGAAAAGGUGCCAUCUCACAUUUUAAAGUGCAACCAAAAGAGAUACCAGCAAUGCAAUUGAAAUUAUCUGGAGCAGCUGAAGAUCAGGAUGGUAAAAGCAAAAAACAUGACAAAGGAUUAAAAGAUGGUAGAAGCGUUCAAAAGGAGUGUAGCGAUUCUGAAGAUGUGGAAUCCAUUCUUUCUGGUGGUGAGAGCUCACUUGAUGAGGACUACAGUAGUGCAGAUGAAGAGAUGGAAGAUGAAUACAGGACUAAAAUAGUCAGCUUCUUGCAGGAUGGUACAGUGGAUGAACUUUCUCUUAUACCUCAAUGUUCUUUGAGAAAGGCUGAGAAGAUUAUAGAACUCCGGCCCUUUAACAAUUGGGAAUCACUGUUUAAGAAGUUUAAUCGGUCACAUGGUUUGUCUGAAGACUUGAUAUGGAAUUGCAAAAUAGUAAUCAAGGAACGGGAAGUAGUUCUUAAACUUAUGAACCGAUGUGCCGAAAUCUCCCAAAGAUUAGAAGAACAAGUGACAGAAAUAACAGAAGAUGGUGGAAGUCACCAGACCAUUGAACAGCCUGUCAUUCUGAGCGAAAGCUUGGAACUUAAACCAUAUCAACUAGUUGGACUAAAUUGGUUGGUUUUGCUGAAUAAACAUCGGGUGAAUGGUAUAUUAGCAGAUGAGAUGGGACUGGGGAAAACUGUACAAGCUAUAUCAUUCCUUGCCUACCUUUACCAAGAAGGAGAUAAAGGACCACAUCUCAUCAUUGUACCUGCUUCUACCCUAGACAACUGGAUCCGGGAACUUAAACAGUGGUGUCCUGAUCUCAAAGUCCUGCUUUAUUAUGGAUCUUUAGAAGACCGGAAAGUCCUCAGAUCUGAUAUACUUCACAAGUUUGUGGAUUUCAGUGUAAUUGUGACUACGUAUAGCUGCUCAAUAAGUAAUGCAGAUGACCGCAGUCUCUUUCGACGUUUAAAGCUCCAUUAUGCAGUUUUUGAUGAAGGACACAUGCUGAAAAAUAUGAGUUCCAUUCGAUAUCAGCAUCUUAUGACAUUUAACGCUGAACAUCGCUUGCUGUUGACUGGGACUCCACUGCAGAAUAAUCUCCUAGAAUUGAUGUCUCUGUUGAAUUUUGUCAUGCCAAAUAUGUUCAGCAGCAGUACUAGUGAGAUUCGCAGGAUGUUUUCCUCGAAAAGUAAAACCUUGGAACAGCAAAGUAGUUUUGAAAAAGGGAGAAUUGCUCAUGCCAAGAAGAUCAUGAAGCCAUUUAUUCUGAGGAGAGUAAAGAGUGAGGUCUUACAACAGCUUCCACCCAAGCAAGACCGUGUAGAAAUAUGUUCAAUGUCUGAUAAACAAGAACAAGCAUAUGCUGCUCUCUACAAGAAGUUGAAGAAAUCAAUCAACAGUAAUGAAAAGCACGAGUUAUGUAAUGUGAUGAUGCAACUUCGAAAGAUGGCUAACCACCCACUACUUCAUAGGCAAUAUUACACUGUGGAAAAGUUGAGGAAAAUGGCCAAACUGAUGAAAAAGGAGCCCACUCACAGAGAUGCCAACCCUGACCUCAUCUUUGAAGACAUGGAGGCGAUGACGGAUUUUGAAUUGCACCAUUUGUGUCAAGAAUACAGUAGCAUAAGAAGCUUUCAGUUAGAAAUGGAGCUGCUUUUGGAUUCUGGGAAGUUCCAAAUUCUAGAGAGUAUACUUACAGAACUUAAAGAGGAGGGUUCCAGAGUUGUGCUCUUUAGUCAGUUUACUAUGAUGUUGGACAUUCUGGAAGUAUUCUUGAGACACCAUAAACACCGAUAUCUUCGAUUGGAUGGCAAAACUCAAAUCUCUGAUAGUGCUAUUAAGUGGCACCUGCUCAAUGAUGCCCAGUUUGAAUUCUGCUACUGCCACUCAGCUCCUGACCUCAUCACAGCCUUGGUUCAGACAUGGACGAAAGAGCAAAAUGCCAGAGGGAAGUGGGAAUGGCAGUCCUCGACUGAGUGUGGUAUCAAGAAGCUCCAGCAGAACUGGAAUCGAAUCCACUUGAUUGAUCAGUUUAAUACAGAUAUGGAUAUUUUUGUUUUCCUGUUAUCAACUAAAGCUGGAGGAUUGGGUAUAAACCUAACCUCAGCCAACAUUGUCAUCCUUCAUGAUAUCGACUGCAAUCCCUACAAUGAUAAGCAAGCAGAAGAUCGAUGUCACAGAGUAGGACAGAAAAAGGUAGUGCAUGUUGUAAAACUGAUCAGCAAAGGGACUAUUGAAGAAUCCAUGCUUAAAAUUGGUGAACAUAAAUUGAAACUAGAACAGGAUAUGACUUCAACAGAAACAGGAGGCGAGGGGAGCAUUCCACUUAAUAUAGCAACUUUAUUGAAGACUUCAUUGGGAUUAUAGCAUUCAGCCGCACUUUUCUACAUCCUCCAUAAGCAUCGUUGUUAAGUCAACCAAAUUCUGUGUGCAACACAACUCUGAGAAAGAAUGUGUAAUGUAAUUGGAACUAGUGAAAUUGUCAAUUAACAAACAUUUUUUAUUGUAUGUGAUGGAAUGUGUAGUUUUUAAUGAAAAAAUAGGAGUGGGGACUAAUGUAUGAGAAUAAUGAGAAUUUGCCAUAUUAAAACACUAGAAAUAAAUUUCCAUGUGUAUUAAUAUUGUAUUGCUGUAGUUCCACUUAUAAGUAGGCUGUACUGAAACAGCAUGAUAAAACAUUGGUACUAUAGCAUUACAAUUCAACAUUUUCUGUCCUCCUCCAAGGUCUUUUUUCAUGUUUACAAGUAUUUUGUCAGACCAGGCUACUUUUUGUGUACUAAUUGUAUUUUGGCCUAUAUUCCUCAAUUAAUUGGCUAUAAAGAGGAAUACAUUGCUCAUCGGAAUCCUAAACAAAGAAAAUGUUCUGAACCUAUCAGAUGUAAAUUUCAUUAAUAAAUCCUUAAGGAGUGAA